CUAGCGAAUCAUUCAAGUUUAGCAAAUAAAAAUGCGUUCUUUUCUCGUACUUGUAUUUGCAGUUGUUGUGGUAUCUAUACCAAUAAACAUACCUGAUCCAAGUGAUUUGACUAUUUAUUUAAAUGAAGAUGAUUUUGAAGACUAUCUAGAUCUCUGGUUGAAGCUAAAAUAUCAAAACAUUUCACAGAUAAAUCAAAGAAAUGCGGGUUGCACAAUACAAAUCAACGGCGACCUCGGGCAACCGCAACCGGUGUACAUUCACGACAAUAAUUAUUUGACACCGACUGGUAACACUGGACAAAUUCAUCUCAAAACAGGAGAAGAGGUUACCAUAGCUUGCGUCGGAUCCGGACAAAACAUUGUACAUCCCAGUGUUACCAGUUCGACAAAUAUUGGUAUAGCAACAUGCGUGAACGAUACAAUCAUCUCCGGUAAAGGCUGGAUAGAUGGAGUGGGUGCGUUUGGUGAUCUCGCAUGUUCCUCCCAUUGUACUCACGAAGCUUUAUUAACAUCUGAGAAAUGUUACAACAAUAAUGUAGUAAUUCGAGUGGGCUUCACUGUAAAUAAUGUCUUUUACCCUCUAUACUGGUCUUGUUUCGAUCAGAAUCGCUUGGAGGUUCUAUACGUAUGGUACGAACAGAAUCCUCCGAAUGCUGUUCAUCAGGUUGGCGUCAUUAGACCAAGCUGGAAGGCCGGUAAUUUCUACCCUGGCAUUGAUGUCAAUAAUCGUUACACUGUAGCGCAACAAAAAGUAACCAUAUCUAAUUACUUGGGAACCGAUUUAGCGGAGAAAUACGUCACCAGCACGCAAUAUCUAGCUCGCGGUCAUCUCGCUGCUAAAACCGAUUUCAUAUACGCAACAGGACAACGCGCGACCUUCUAUUUUAUAAAUUGUGCUCCUCAAUGGCAACUCUUUAAUGGCGGGAAUUGGAACUUACUCGAGCAAAAUCUUCGUACACGAAUUGGUGAAGCUGGUUACAAUACAGUAGUAUAUACUGGAACCUAUGGAGUACUUCAGUUGAAAGACUCCAACAAUCAACUUGUCGAUAUCUAUCUACACCAAGAUAGCAAUAAUCAUACGCAAUUGCCGGUACCUUUGUACUAUUAUAAGGUGGUCUACGAUCAAGCAAAACGUCUUGGUACAGCAUUCGUCGGUAUCAACAAUCCUUACAUCACUUUGGAAGAGGCUCGUUCUCUUCAGUUCUGUAAUGACCACUGUCGUAGCAAUUCCUCCUUCACCUGGCUCGGAUGGCAACCAGAUCGCGUUGACAGAGGUUACAGCUUCUGCUGCAGUAUCGAAGACUUCAAAACAGUUGUGCCACAUUUACCUAACUUCAUUGUUAAUGACUUACUAACGUAAAGACGUGAUUUGAAAGAUCUGCUGUCUCAA